AUUUCCAUUCAAACCUUCGGCAAGAGAGGUUCGUUUUGAAGCGCACACACUGAAUAUAUAUAACCCAAAGAGAGGCACUCCUCGACUUCUUCCACGUUCAUCCCAAACAGUCUUGAAUUGUUCGUCAACGUGAACAGUUUGUGCUUUUGUGAGGUGUGUUGAGUUUGUGCUAUAUAUAAGAGGAAAGACAUUUGAUAAAGGAUAAUAAGGAUGAAGUUCGAAAUUCCUUACAUUGCCAAUGGGCCAAGUUCGGAGGAGUACCCAACAGUGAUUGUGAAGCAGGGUAAAUCACCGUCACCACAACCGGAACCAGUGUCACGAACGUAUCAGUACAGGAAAGUGAUGAAGCCAAUGUUGGAGCGGAAACGACGUGCGAGGAUUAAUCGUUGCCUGGAUGAGUUGAAGGAGUUAAUGGUGACUGCGCUGCAAUCUGAGGGGGAGAAUGUUUCGAAGCUGGAGAAGGCGGACAUUCUGGAGCUAACCGUGAGGCAUUUGCAUAAACUCCGUCGGCAGCAGCGACUCUGUGCCAAUCCCGUGAUUGACUCUGAUCGUUUUCGUGCUGGUUUCACGCAUGCUGCCAAUGAGGUAUCACGCUGCCUCGCCUCGACGCCUGGGGUGGAUGUGACGCUGGGCACGAAGCUGAUGACCCACCUGGGGCAUCGCCUGAAUGAACUGGACAAAAUUCAACCACUCUCAAUUCACGUGAGUCAACCCCCCUACACACCACCGUCAUCCCCCUCAACGUCCGUGUGCAGCAGUGAAGCCGGUGGCACGCACUACGCAAUGCCACUCACGCCAGCUUCAUCGCGAUCGUGUCGUUCGCCAUCGCCACGUGCUGAUAGCCUCGGUGCCACGGCGGGUCUGCUGCGUGUUGCCCCAGCCCUCCAAGUCACGGCUGGUGGUGUCUGGAGACCGUGGUAAUGGGGACAACCCUCCCAAACAACCCCAAAACUGCCACACAUCGUGCAUUUCGCCCCCCGUCCCACGUGCAAAGAGUAUCAAUUCCAAAAGAUUGAUCCACCGAUCUCUGUUUUCUUGUUUAACUACAUAUAAAUCAUAUAUAGGUAAUAUACAUAGCAUAAGGUAUUUAAUUAGUAGGUAGUUCACAAUAUUGUAAACUCAUCAAUCACACGUGGAAUAGGUAUUCCCAUUGGGUGUAGGAAGACACGCGAUCAUCUCGCGAUCAUCCCACUAUCUCACGUUGAUCGCGUGCUCAAACCUCCCCCAUUGUCCACAGAAGAAUUAUUUUUUCUUUAAAUCAAAAAUUGUUUAAAGAUCUUUCAUGUUGAAAAAGAAAAGUACAAAGAAAUUAUUUGAAAAUUUGAUUGAUGAUUUGUUUAGCAAAAAAGAAAAUCUCUGACUUCCAUGUAAUCUCAUUUUUAUUAUUAUUUUACAACUUGAUGACAUUUUUUUAAAAAAAUAUUGUUUAAUUAAAAAAAAAGAAAAAUUGCUUCAGCAAUUGCAAGAUCAAUGAGCUUUAAUUAGGAAUAUAAGUGUUUGUGAUAUGAAAGAGAGAGAAAUUGAGAAAGAAGAAAAGAAAAUUAAAGAAAAUAAUUUUGAAAUUGAA